CAAAUUGGGUGAAAAAAAAAUGAAGUAAUUGUGUGGUCGAUGCGCGCACACGAACAUUUUUUUCCGAUUUUCUUGAAAACAAAUGUAUCGACACAGCAAAAUUUGUCGAGGAUAAUUCCACAAAGUAGAAUCGACCCACUAUCGAGAUCGAUUGUAAAGUUUGUUGCACGGGUGAGGCGUUCAUGGGUGAUAUGAACAAUUCGAACUCUGGUUGAUUUGAAUCCCGUGUGCCUUCAGCACUAAAUAGUAUAAAUUGCAGUGUUGUUAAGGCCAAAUAAUCAGUCUUGAAAAAGGUAUUCAAAUCAAAAGAUCAAGCUUUCAAUAUGCUUAAAGCUUUGGAAAUAGUUCUCAUCGCCAUGGCCUCGGUCACAUUGGCCCAGCCUACCACUACCGAUGCCCCAUCGAAGGCAUCGGAGAUGCUCACUAAUAUGACACUUGAGGAGAAGAUAGGACAGAUGACACAAAUCAACCUCGAAUUGUUUUACGAUCGCGAGACUUUGGCUCUCGAUGAGGAGAAGCUGGCAUACUACGCGGGUAGAGGUGUUGGUUCGUAUCUACAAUCCCCGUACGCAGGUGGACAGUCACCAGUGGACAAUUCCACGGGUUGGAACGCAACACAGUGGCGUGGAGUGAUGAAUCAGAUUCAAACAGCCACUCUCAAUGCGUCUCGACUGGAUAUUCCAAUGAUCUUUGGAAUUGACAACGUACACGGCGGAACCUACGUGCAAGGCUCUACACUCUUUGGCCAGCAGAUAUGUGCAUCUGCUACGUUCAAUCUCGACUUGGUGGAGAAGAUGGGUGAGGUCACUGGUAAAGACACUGCUGGCGCUGGGAUGCCAUGGACUUUCGGACCUAUCAGUGAUAUUGCCACAGACCCCCGAUGGCCUCGGUUCUAUGAGACUUUCGGUGAGGAUCCCUUCCUGAACAAGCAGAUGGCUGUGGCAAUCACUAAGGGUAUCCAGGCAAAUGGUGACGUCGCAGCUUGCCUAAAGCACUUCUUAGGUUAUGGUGCUGCCGAUAACGGCAAGGAUUAUGCCAAUGCUAAUAUCAACGAUUACGAACUCCUCAACUAUCACGCCGAACCUUUCCGUGCUGCAGUGAGAGAUGCUCAGGCUAAAUCGGCCAUGAUUGGCUUCAACUCUAUCAACGGAGUGCCUGUAACUGCCUCUCAUAAGAUGACGGUCGAUCUUCUCCGAGGUGACAUGGGAUUUGAUGGUAUGCUUGUUACUGAUUACAAUGAGGUUUACAAUCUCAAGGAUCGUCACAGAAUAUCGAGCAGCAACGAGCAAUCUGUAGAGAUUGCCACAAACCAGACUUCCAUGGAUUUGAACAUGGUGCCCAACUCGGAUGACUUCAUUGAUAUACUCAUUCAGUUGGUUAACGAUGGAAAGAUCAGCCAAGAGCGUAUUGACGAGUCCGUUGAGCGUAUACUAGAGCUGAAAUUUGACCUCGGGUUGUUUGAUACGCCUGUACCAGGCGAAGAUCUCGUAGACACAGUCGGCCAACAAGCAGAUCAAGAUCUAGCACUAGAGCUAGCGCGCGAGUCUAUUGUAUUGGUGAAGAACAACAAUUCCAUGCUGCCCAUUCCCAAGGAGGCCACUGUGCUGGUCACUGGACCCUCAGCCGAUAACAUGGGCUACAUGUGUGGUGGGUGGACUACGUCAUGGCAAGGCUACCAGAACAACAUUCCUUACGCUGGCUUUGACACUAUCCUAAGUGCCAUGCAAGGUGGUAACGGGACAGUUGUGCAAGGCCACACGGGUGUUAAUAUCGAUGGCUCCAAGGCUGAUGACUACGAUGCAUCAAUUGAAGCUGCGAAGUCUUCUGACUACACUGUUGUGGUAGCAGGCGAGCAUUCGUACACGGAAAAGCCCGGAGACAUCAAUGAUCUCUCACUAGCUGCCGGACAGCAAGAAUACAUCAAGGCACUUGCUGCGACAGGCACAAAGGUUAUCCUAGUGCUAGUUGAGGGUCGCCCCCGAUUGUUGGAUGGUGCCGCAGAUAACGUAGAUGCCGUGCUGGUUGCUAUGCUGCCAUGUACAUCUGGUGGCGUUGCUAUCUCAGAAAUCAUAUACGGAGACGUCAACCCAAGCGGAAAGCUGCCGUUCAGUUACCCGAAAUAUUCCGGCAAUGUCCCACUCGUGUACUACCAUCUACCCUCAGAGAUCUGCACCUCCGAGACUAACAUCUACGAAAUUGUCGAGUGUGAGAUGGAGUGGAAGUUUGGCCAUGGUAUGGGCUAUUCCACCUUCGAGUACAGUGAUCUGGUGGUGGGUGAUGUAGAGGAUGGAGGCAAUGUCAGCGUCUCCGUCACUGUAACAAACACAGGUGAUCGUGCCGGUAAGGAGACUGUGCUGCUGUUCCUGAGUCAGGAGUAUCGCCAAUACGCUGAGCCCGAGGUCAAGAUGCUCAAGGCCUUCGAGAAGAUUGACCUCGAUGCUGGUGCCAACCAGACGGUAGAGUUUGUGCUUGAUUCGAGCGCGUACUCGUACUAUGUGCCUCAGAUUGGUGAGGGUUAUAACUCUGUAUCCGACGCUGGUGCCACUAUGAAGGUGCUCAUUGGAGCCGACACGGAAUGUGACAACGACUCCGUCAACCCUAACCAAACCAACGAUUCGGCAUUCCAGGAACGUCGUCGCCGCCGUCGCCAGGAGGACGAACCCGAGGUCAACCCAAUGUGCGGGGCUUUCGAGAUUUAAAUAGUAUCAAAGCUUCGAAUGGUUGUUCACUUGUCAUUUUGUAGUAUGUAUAUAAACACCACCAAUAUAAUAAAAUACACGUAUGUAUACUC